CUUACGCGAUCACAUGGAACCCCAUUCAUGUAUGGUUUACGUACUUUUCUGUCGUAUCCAAAUGAAACGGGUCCUUUAUUUCCGAAAAUCUUACUUGGGAAUGAAAUUGAGUCUCCAGGAUCAGCUGUGGCCGGCGUCUUGUUCUAAUAAACAAGUAAUGAACCUCAGAAACAGAUGAAGAAUGGAGGGAAUCCUAUUCAAGUGGACAAAUUACAUAAGUGGUUGGCAGCCUCGCUGGUUUGUACUGGAAGGAGGGACGUUGUCCUACUAUGACUCGCAAGAGGAUUCCUGGAAAGGAUGCAAGGGAAGCAUCAAAAUCUCAGUGUGUGAAAUACAAGUCCACUCCUCUGACUUCACACGGGUUGACCUGACCAUCCCCGGAGAACAGUACUUCUACCUCAGAGCCAUCAACGCAGCGGAGAGGCAGAAAUGGCUGGUCGCAUUGGGAUCUGCAAAGGCCUGCCUCACAGACAACCGAACCAAGAGAGAGAAAGAGCACCAGGAGAACACAGAGGCUCUUAAGACCAAGAUGUCAGAGUUGAGGCUGUACUGUGACCUUCUGCUCCAGCAAGUUAACCAGAUCAAGGACAGUGAGGAGACUGAGGAGGCUGGGGAGAACCCUGGCACCAUGGUGAAAUCUACAUGCACCACCUUCAUCAAGACGUUGGAGGAGUGCAUGCUGAUCGCCAACCGCACCUUCAGCUCAGACCAGGCCACAAAGACCCCACCCGGGUCACCUCCCGUGGCAACCAUCAAACCCCAGAAGGUCAAACCUGUCAAUCAAUCAAAUCAGGAAAAACACAGGGAGUGUAAAGAAAUCUCAGGAGGAUCUGUAACACAUGACAACCAGAGCCUUGACUCUGGAGCAGAGGGACCAGACCAACGAGACGGACCAGACACGCUCCCUGAGAGAACCACCCAAACACCCCCAACAGAAAAUAGCCCAGUCGGCGGGGACCCCCAGGGCCCAGAGGAGUCUGCAGUGGAAGAGGAGGCCACUACCCAAACCACCCACACAAACCCUGACCCAGAACACACCGACCAACCCGCACAGCAGGAAGAGGAGGAGGAGGAGGAAUUCAAAGAGGUGGAGCAGGAAAUGAGCAACGCCCAAGAAGAAGAGAAACCGGAAGUGACCCAGAACCAACAGGAAGCUGUCACUGACCAAGAGGAAGCCAAGCUGGAGGAGGAGCAGCCUGCCCAGCCACAGGGAGAAGAAGAGGAGACAGAGCAGGUGGACACAUUCUUCAGUACGAUGAGUCACAGAUUUAGUGAUAUAAGACUGGACGGUGACAGUGGUAUUCCUACACAAGCCUUUUUGGACUCAUGCUAUGCAAUAGUGCCUGUAUUAGACAAACUAGGAUCCACAGUAUUUGGUCCAGUAAAAAUGGAUUUUACAGGCAACAUCAAGAAGAUCCACCAGAAGCUGUCGUCGGACCCAGGCAGCUUCCCCACACUGCAGACCAUAGUGCUCCACGAGGUGCAGACCGGCGUGGCCCGCGUCCGUAACUCAGCCACCGAGGCCCUGCUGUGGCUCAAACGAGGACUCAAGUUCCUCAAGGAGUUCCUGUCCCUGGUCAACUCUGGGGAAAGGGAUAUCCCCGGAGCGCUGGGUAAUGCUUAUGGACGGAGUCUGCGGCAGUAUCAUGGAUGGGUUGUGCGAGGUGUAUUUGCUCUGGCCCUCCGAGCAGCGCCGUCAUACAGCAGCUUCGCGGCGGCUCUGGUGUCCAGAGAGGGGGAGGAACUGAAAGAAGGAUUCAACACAGGCAUGCACCGGGACCUGGGGGUCUACCUGCCUGCCAUGGAGAAACAACUGGCCAUCCUGGAUGCCCUGUAUGAAGAAUACAACCUGGAGUCAGAUGAGGUGGUCUGAGACCAGAUCCCAACUGGUGGCCUGAGAGGAGGAGACGAGAUCCCAACUGGUGGCCUGAGAGGAGGAGACGAGAUCCCAACUGGUGGCCUGAGAGGGACACUACCAGAGGAGGAAGAGAGCCCUCAGACUCAGACCAUCUGGGAUACACUGAGGUGGAGGAAGAGGAGAGCCCGGUCUGAGCCGCCGCAGCAGAGCGGUGGCUCUGGUGUACUUGAUGUAGUGUACAGUACUUUAGACUCAGGCUCUUUUCCCUCCUGUGACUUCCAUUAUGAACAGCUGCACCAUUGGUGGCUGAGAUUGCACAAAUAUGGACUUUUACUUUAAAUUGAGGCUGAUAUUGUUAUUAUUGACAGCAUUAUUUGACAGCCUACAUAGGCUGCAUGUAAUGAACUGCAUACAACACUGAAGAGUAUAAUGUAGUGGUGUUAGUAUUGAUCCCUGCUGAACUCCUACACCAAUAUACUGUAUCUACAUGGAUGACCUGCGUACCACCACCAACCCACCUUCCUCCAGAAGUCACCUCCUCCCGCCCUCCCUCCAGAAGUCACCGCCCUCCCUCCAGAAGUCACCGCCCUCCCUCCAGAAGUCACCGCCCUCCCUCCAGAAGUCACCGCCUCCCGCCCUCCCUCCAGAAGUCACCGCCUCCCGCCCUCCCUCCAGAAGCCACCUCCUCCCUCCCUCCCUCCAGAAGCCACCUCCUCCCUCCCUCCAGAAGCCACCUCCUCCCUCCCUCCCUCCAGAAGCCACCUCCUCCUCCCUCCCUCCAGAAGCAUUCUCAUUCUCUCACAUUGUCUCAUCUACAAAUGUAUUGUUUACCAAGUGACAUUAACAUCCUCAUUAUCGUAAUCAUUUAAAUGUAGUCUUUAUGAGUAACUUAUGGAAUAAACCAUGUUCUAUAUGGAUGGAAGUGUCGAUGUUUUAAUGUAUAGGGUUCGACUGAGGUGCCAACUGAAGUGGAAUAUAUAGCAAGGCCUUGAUUCAAAAUGUAUUAACAAUCAUGGUGGAUAGAUUGUUAUUGUCUUCUAUUAGCUGACUUUCCUCUGACUGAUGUGGGUUAAGAAUAAUACAAUGGGGAUCAUCAUAGAGGCAGUCUAACUUUGGCCUCUUAGUUCUGGACAUUAAUUCAGUCUUGUUAUAGAUGCACUGAACCAUUUGGACAAAGCAGGAAUAUCUGACCGAUGUGCAAUAGGCUGAUUCCUUGUUGUGAAUUAUUUCUAGUGUUAAUGCUAAUGUUUUUGUAUCUCACAAUUUCAGAACACAUUUUAUACGAAUGUACAUAAGAUGGCAUUUUUACAUAUGUAUUAAACUUGAUGAAAUCAUGAAUGGCUACGUUUUGGUCAUUUGGAUGGUAUUUCUACAUAUGUAUUAAACUUGAUGAAAUCA